CCAUUUUUUGCGUCGAUAUCACGUAUUUUCCAUUUCAGAAAAUUUCACUCUUCAUUUCUUUGUUGGGUGCAACAUACAGUUAAUAUUCAUUUCGUACUGGUCAGGCAGAAAAAAUGGCAGUAAAAAAAAUCCUAGCCAUGCUGUGUGUGUGUAUUUGUACAGGAAAUGCCUUGGAUGUCAUGGCUUCAAACUUCUCAGAUUACUCAGAACAGUCUAAUGCUACUACUACGAGUACGAUUAAACCAUCCACUUCUACUACGACAUUGCCAACUCCAGAGAUGUCCACAACUGAAAUGUCUAGUACUGAGAUGUCCACUACUCCUUCCACCACUCCUUUCAUCCCUACUACUACUACUUCUCCCACCACUUUCAUUCCUGUUUCUCCGACCUAUCCGCCCACACCAAAACCAAAUCCUCCCAAUCCUGCUAUGAAUUGGGUUGUGGUGGAUGAACAAACCAAUGUGACAUGCAUAGUGGUCAAACUUGCUGCCUCAUUUGUUAUUCCAUAUCUGAAAGUCAAUAACCAAAUGGAAAAUGUUACACUUGCUCUGCCUAGCAAUGCAACUUCCAGUGGUACUUGCAACCUAGAUGAUUUGGAACAUGGUCAAGAGAUAUCUCUUCAGUGGUAUGCUGACAAAAGUGGUUCUCCCAACACACUUACUUUUACAUUUCACAGAAAUGUGUCUAGUGGAACUGAGGCUACUGGAAAAGAAUCAGUCUAUCUUUCAGAAAUCAAUCUAUCAGUUUAUCUUGAUUCUGAGAAUUUUGUAAAUGCAUCAAGAGUUGGAAACUUUUCACAUGGCAAACUUAAGAAUAGUUUGCAUUCAGUUCCCGUCAACAACUCCUAUAGAUGCAACUCUGAAGAAACUUUUGAACUGAACUUGAUUGAGGAAAUCGCAGAAGUAGCCAUUAUUCAUUUUGCCCAUAUGCAAACAGAGGCUUUCAGAACACAGAAUGAUGAUAAGUUCCAUUCUGCUGUAGAUUGUGCUGCUGACAAAGUCAUUACUUCUGAUAUUGUUCCUAUUGCUGUUGGGUGUGCCUUAGCUGCUCUUGUGGUUGUUGUUCUUGUUGCAUACUUGAUUGGAAGGAGGCGUGCUCGUCAACGCGGUUAUCAAAGUGUUUGAGAAAUGUGAUGUAAUCGGUAUAUCAACAUGCUAAUUUGCUAUGGUUACUGUAGUUUCUUUGGGUUUUUCUUUGGAAAGUUUUGAAUUGUGUAGUUGAUUUGGAAAAUAACAAUGUCGCGUAUUUUAUAUUUGCUAAUGUAGCCAUAGCUUCAAAUUUUUUAAAUUGUUCCAUAAUGUCUGCCUGUCUGGCAAGUUUGUGGCGAAUCGAUGACGUUAAUAGAUAAGUGAGUUCAGUUU